UCAUUGCUAGCCCGUCAGCAACGUUAGCUUUGUCUGGUAAUCCUGGGAGACACUUACGCUUUCCUUUACACGUUUUAAAGGAAAACCACCCAGGGAAAAACACUCAAAGAACGAUGGCGGUGUCGCAGGGCGUGUUGGGUUCUCUUGUGUUGCCACUCAUUAACCGCUUUUGUUUCGAUGUCAAUGUCAUUUUGCAGCUAGGGCUGACCAGUUAGCUUCCUGUCGUCUGCUGUUUUGCUUUCACACACACACACACACACACACACACACACACACACACACACGCACACAACCCAAGGCCGAGCGAGAAAGAGGAGGCUGUCGGGUGGACAAAGGCAGAGAAUCGUGUGUUGAACCUUCUCAGAGCCUUCUUGAGAGGUUGCCUCUGCUGUCGUGUUCUUCCCUGUAAUCCCCAGCAGAGCCAUGUCGUCAUCAGGAUGCUGCCACCUACCCGGGUCCCUAUGUGAUUACUCGGGGAACGCAGAAUCCGACUCCUCUAAGGAUUCCGAAGAGUCUGAUUCCACUGCACAGGCCCAGUACAUUGCCAAGGUUACGGCUAAAGAUGGCCGCCCACUCUCCACCAUUGUUAAAGCUGUGAGCCUGCAAAGUGAUGUUGGCAUGUGCCGGAUUUGCCAUGAAGGUGGUGCAGGGGAGACGCUGCUCUCGCCAUGUGAAUGCACCGGCACGCUCGGGAAAGUGCACAAGAGCUGCUUGGAGAAGUGGCUGUCGUCCUCCAACACCAGCUACUGUGAACUCUGCCACACCGAAUUCACCAUUGAGCGGAGGCCACAACCCCUCACACAGUGGCUGAGAGACCCAGGCCCCCGCAGCGAGAAGCGGACGCUGUUGUGCGAUAUGGCCUGCUUUCUGCUCAUAACGCCCCUGGCAGCCAUCAGUGGCUGGCUGUGUCUGAGGGGUGCCCAGGACCACUUGCAGCUCAAGAGCAGACUGGAAGCUGUCGGCCUCAUCGCCCUCACCAUCGCCCUCUUUACCAUCUACAUCCUCUGGACACUGGUCUCAUUUCGAUACCAUUGUCAGCUGUACUCAGAGUGGAGGAGGACCAAUCAGAAAGUGCGCCUGCUCAUGCCCGACAUGAAAGGUGCACUCACCACCCAAAGUUCUGUGCCAACCAAGUUGACAAAGAAAAUGACUGAUGAGACCAUCGUAUGAGUGUGGCUCGGCGGCAAGGGGAAUGUUUAAAAUACAGCCAGCUGAAGCGCUCAAAAAAAAAAAAAAAAAAAAAAAAAAAUCAUAUUAAUGAACCUUUGCACUUCAUAUGGACCAUUCUAAGGAGGGCAGGACUACUUUCUCCCACUUUUGUCUUUGUAUUGAAGCACUUGAUGUAAACUACUACAGUAUUGGCCAGCCACAAUUGUGGUUUUAGGAUGAACUCGUGCAAGAGUCUCAUUUGAUUUGGAUAGCGUCUUGUCUGGACCGCUGGUGCUGUGACGUCAACGUCUGAAAAAACUUAAAAUGAAGAUCGACUAACCAGCCCGGCCUUAAGUCUGUGACAAAGGUAUGAAAUACUAAGACAAUCUAUUGUAGCAGGAUAUAACUGACAGCAUGCUACGACAGUAUAAUAUGAAACAUAUUCACUACCUAUAAUUCCCCACACGCACCUUCACAAUGUAUUUAGCUGUUUUAAAGCGAGGGGCCGACCUUUAGCCUGGCAAAGUAUCCUACAACUCUGACUCUUCCUUUGUGAUAUUAACUUGCAGUAUGCUGAGUUUUAAACUGUUCGUCAAUGAGCAAUGCCCUCUAUUACACACAUUUGCAGAACAGUUGGUGGGGUCACCUCUCGAAUUGUAUUUUUUAUUCCCUAAUUGAACCUUUGUGGUCCAGUAUGUGUUGAUUCUUGCUAUGUAUUAAAAGAAAAGAAAUUGGCACAGUAAAGCCUUUACCACAUGAAUGUUGCCAAUUUGUAAGAGUUGAGAACUGAAGAAACAAUGAUAAAAUAAUUAUCUGUUCUUGCAGGCAAGAUUUAAGAUUUAAAACAAUACGUCUGCAAACAGUAAAUGCAUUUUGAGACAAAUAGCGUCACCUGUGGCACUGGUUGCAGUCCAGCACAGUUUGCUUUCACAGCUUUUGUAAAGUCCCUUUAACAUCUGCAUAUGACUAUUAAGAACAUUUGAAGUAUUGAAGUAAUUUUAAUUUGUGUGGUGAUGCUCACCCUAGAUGUUUUGUACCAAAUUGUGAUCACAAUCACCUGUUCACAUAUUUUGUUUCUUUUGUUUUCAUUUAACUUCCUAAUCUCAUUACUUGUUAUCAAGAUCCAAUCACUACAUUUUUUUUGCACCUUACAAUCCUUUAUGGCCAGACUGCCCGUUUGUCUGCAGUGACAACAAGCCACGUUAGAAAAUUGCUUUUUACGGUUUUACUAUUUACUGUCCAAUUUUUCUGACUUGGGGAUUGAAAUGAGUUUGUAAUAUUCUUGUCAAGUAGGGCAACAGUCUCACACCUACUAGUCAACCAUAGUAUUAAGACACUAACUGCACACAUUAAAUAACUGCAGUAAGUGUUCAUACUAUGGUGGUGCACUUGAAGCUAUUGUUAUCAAAGAACAAUUACUAUUUUUUCUUCUAAAGUAAUCUUCAUUAAUUGAGCUAUUGACUAGUAGAAAUGUCCUGUUUCAAAUGGAACCAGUUUUAAAUGGAAGAAAUAGUGAAAAAAGUAAUGCAUCAAUGCUUGCAGGUAUUCUGUAAGGGUGGCAAUUUGUCAUGUUUUUGAGCAGCAGUACUAAAGCCAAGAAUUUUGUGACACCCGAGCUUUCCUGCUGCAUCCCUGGAAAAUUGGUUUAUUGUGCAAUAAAACUUAAGGGACUC